AGCACUCAAACCAGAAAGUGAGGUUAUGAUCCUAUCUGGUCCAGAAACUGAGCUAUAACUACUUGUAAUUAGUAUAUUUUCUACCUGCUGUGUUCCUAUAUAUUCGAAUGAGUGAAAGAAAAAUAUUCGAAAAACGUGUGACUAACAGUGCAGUUAUUUGUGGUGACAUUUGUUAUAUUAUUAUAAUUUUGUAUCUCAAUUAUGGCGAAGCGCCCUAAUCAAACAAGAGUGCUCAAAAAAACAGCAAGAUCAAAACUAAUGCGGAACCUGCAAAUAGCAAGAGUAAGAGCAUUGGCCAGUGGAUACAAAAAACAACAAAAAACUGGAAAAAAUGAAGCAUUAGCUGUUCAAAAUGAAACUCAAAAUUUUAGUCAACCCUUUCAACAACUGCAAGAAUAUGAAUGUAGAGAAAAUUCCCUUGAAUUAGAAAUAGGGGUUGACAAGACUGAUGAAUCAAUCAAAGAUUUGUUGAACUGUCGCCGCAUCGUUAACUUGGGCCACGUUCUCCACAAUGAGUAUGAUAAAAUUUCUAGGCAUGGAGAAAUAUGUAAGAUGGGGAAGAUGGGUUUUGUAAGAGAAACAAAAUUUGAAUCGAAUUCUUUGAUACAUUUCUAUUGUGACAAUUGUGAAAAAGCCUCUGUAAUCAACACUGAUCCAAAUAAUCAACAGGAUCCAAGAAUAGAGAAUAUGAAAGAGGAAGAUAUUGAGCUCCAGGAAUCGCACACAGAAUUUGUGCAAGCAUCAUCUCUUUCGUCGAUACCGAGAGAUGAGGUUGACACUAGCAAUUUUCUACAGAAUGAUGAUUUGAAUGAUUGUGAUCUAUUUGGCAAAUAUAUUGCUGAGAAACUUCGUGCGUUACCUUAUUAUGAACGCAAAAAUUUGCAGCGACAGAUUAUGAAUUGUUUUGAAAAAGUCAUAUGAAUUUUAAAUUGUUGUCUAUAUUUUUUAUGUACCAUACAAAUAAAUUAUUUUAAAUAUC